AUGGGCAAGAGCCGCGGCAGCAUAGCUUUCUUCGGGACCUACAGGCCCCCGGUGCCCCUGGACAUCUUCUCCUGCCCCACUAAUCCGACGCCGCUGUCGGCCAAGGACGAGCUGCUCCUCACCGAUGGCGAGUCGUACAACCAGAACGGGCAGCCCAUCCCAGCAGCGGCGCUGAGAGAGCUCCUGACGUUCUUGGGCAAGAAGAACCCGAAGCUGGCGUCGGCGUGCGGCCAAGGAUCUGGGAUUCGACCGAGACAGUCCGAAUUUCGGCAAAAUUCGUCCAUUUCAAACCUUGCGUGCGGCGCCACCCCGGAGGACGCGGUGCAGGGCCGCGUCACUGGCCUGGUGUUUGUCUCCGAGAGGGACAGCGGCCUGGAGACGCUGCACGUGGCUUUGCGCUUCGUCGUCGGCGGCAAGGUCAAGGUGCUGAGCCUGGCCGACAUCUACGGCGCCGACACCUUCGGCGGCGUGCGCAUGGAGGACAGCGGCUGCGUCGCUGGGGGCUUCAAAGUUGGGCGUUCCACCGUCGGCCACUCCCUGGUGUACGUGUCCACCAAGGAGCCGGUGAGAGCACGGCGGGCCCCGUGGACCGUGGUGUACCGAACCAACCUCGCCGACGGCAAGACCGAGCGACUGACACCGCCGGGCCAGUACGAUCUAAGCCCCGCGGUGUCGCCGUCUGGGAAGAUGGUGGCGGUGGCCAACUUCCAACAGAACAGGUGGAGCGGCCAGAUCGAGAACCUCAAGACGGACAUUGUGAUUAUGAACGUGGACCGGCGAGCGCAGGGCGGCCUGGGCCGCAGCCGCCUUAUCAAGGACGGUGGCUGGCCGACGUGGGGCAGCGACAAUGUCAUCUUCUUCCACCGAGGGUUCGACACCACGCCGCCCUCCAACACCGCCAGGUGGGGCGUCUUCCGGUACGACAUCGCUUCUGGCAAGGAAGAACGCGUGACGCUGGAGAGCAUCGAUGCCAUGACUCCAGCUGCCAUCAGCGAGACCAAAGUGGCCGUGGCCACCGUCCGCGAGAAAUCCAAGCAGGUUCUCAUGAAGGUGGAGCGCGUGGUGACACAGUACAGGCACAUCGAGAUCUUCGACACGGCCUCGCCGGCGGGGCAGCCGCCGGUGCCCAUCACCCAGAAGACCAGGCCUGAAGGCGACCACUACAACCCCUUCGUGCUCGACGGAGGAAGACGCGUCGGCUACCACCGCUGCAGAACGGACAAGCUACUCAAGGUCCAAAGGAGUACGACGAGCAUCCAGAGGAGGUUCGACAAGGUGCAGCCGCCGGAGUCGCACGCUGACGUGGGGCUCUUCCGGGUGACCGGCGUGUUCCCGUCCGUCUCCAAGAACGGCAAGAAGCUGGCCUUCGUGGACAACGAGUUCAAGGCCGUGUGGCUCGCCGACAGCAGAGGCCUCCGCGUGGUGUACAAGGUGAGGGCGUCCAAGAGCGUCUUCUCCACGUCGUGGAAGCAGAACGACGACCUGGACACGCUCUACGUCUGCGAAGGGCCGGCCUUCUCCAUCGACAGCCCGGUGCAGAUCAUGAGGAUCCCUAACGUGUCCAGGGAGGACUACGAGAACGUGGAGACGUUCCCGCUCACCGACGAGGAGUACAACUGCGCCUUCCCGUCCACCAACGCCGAGGGCACCAAGCUCGUGUUCCGGUCCAGCAGGAACAGGGUGCCGGGAGGGGAGAGGCAGCACAAGAACCUCUACAUCAUAGACGCAGUGAAGGGGGAGGCCGCUGGUGUGGACCAGCUCACCGACGGAGCAUGGACCGACACCCACUGCAGCUGGUCGCCCAGGGAGGGCUGCGACUGGAUCGUCUUCUCCUCCUCCGGCAGGCCCGAGGCAGACGUCGUCAAGGGCAGGGACGAGCCGGAGAAGGACCACGGCCUGGACCCAGGCUACUUCGCCGUGUACCUGGUGAACGCGAAAGGCAUCAAGAAGGGCGAGGUGCCGGUGCCCGUGCGGGUGAUCCACAGCGCGCCCACCAUCGCCGGGCACAUCAACCACCCCGUGUUCAGCCCGGACAUGGCGAGCAUCGUCUUCGCCGCCGACCUCGCCGCGGUCUCCGCCGACCCCAUCUCCAUGCCGCACUUCACGCACUCGGUCAGGCCCUACGGCGACAUCUUCUCCGUAAACCUGCGUGACACCACGGACAUAGCCAAGAACAGGGACAUCCAGGAGUUCCACCGCAUCACGCACAGCCGCUACGAGUACUCGACGCCGACGUGGUCCAGUAGCUCCGACGACGAGGAGGACCCCAACGCUAAGUGGAAGAUGCUGGAGAGCUUGCCCAACUUCACGCCGUGGUGCCCGUACGCGCGCGGCGAAGCGGGCGAGAAGGAGGGCUGGCACAUGACCGGACACCUCACCAUCCAAAAGCGCUGCUGCUGA